AUGGCUACCGCACAGGUCGUCAAUGUCACUCUCCCAGCCCUUCCUGAGGGCUGGAGUGCCGAUAAGGACUUCAAGGCCGUUGGCUCUCUGUCUGGCGCCACCCAGAGAAACCUGGAGGCUGUUGGUCCUCACUUCUUGGCCCACGCUCGCCGAAGGCGCCACAACCGUACCUUCUCCGAGGAUGACAGAAUCCAGGCCCAGCACAAUGUCAAGAAGACUGAGGAUGAGGAUGAUGGAGAGAUCUCCGAGCCUGAGGAUCCCAUGACCCUUGCCAGAGAGGCCAAGGACUGGAAGCACCAAGAUCACUACGCUGUUCUGGGUCUGACCAGAUACCGCUGGCGUGCAACCCCCGAGCAGAUCAAGCGUGCUCACCGCAAGAAGGUCCUUCGUCACCACCCCGAUAAGAAGGCUGCCCUUGGCGACCGUGACGAGAACGACAGCUUCUUCAAGUGCAUCCAGAUUGCCAACGAGCUGCUGUCGGACCCCGUCAGACGUCGUCAAUUCGACUCCGUCGACGAGGCCGCUGAGGUCGAGCCCCCCACCAAGAAGGAGUGUGCCAACGGCAAGUUCUUCAAGCUCUGGGGCCCUGUCUUCGAGGCCGAGGGUCGUUUCUCCAAGACCCAGCCCGUCCCUCAGUUGGGUGACGACAACAGCACCCAGGAGGAGGUUGAGACCUUCUACAACUUCUGGUACCACAUGGACAGCUGGCGUACAUUCGAAUACCUCGACGAGGAUGUCCCCGAUGACAACGAGAACCGUGACCAGAAGCGUCACGUUGAGAAGAAGAACGCCAACGCCCGCCGCAAGCGCAAGACCGAAGACACUGCCCGUCUCCGCCACCUCGUCGACGACUGUCUCGCCCUGGAUGAGAGAAUCAAGAAGUUCCGCCAGCAGGCUCGUGCCGGCAAGGACAAGAAGCGUCUCGAGAAGGAGGCUGAGGCCAAGCGUCUCGCUGAGGAGAAGGAGAAGGCCCGUCUGGAGGAGGAGCAGCGCAAGAAGGAGGCCGAGGAGGCCGCCAAGGCUGACCGUGAAAAGUCCAAGAAGGCUAAGGAGGCUGCCAAGAACGCUACCAAGAAGAACAAACGUGUUGUCAAGGGUUCUGUCAAGGAUGUCAACUACUUUGCUGAGUCUGGCGACGCUUCUGCCGCCCAGGUUGACUCUGUCCUGACCGACUUGGACAUCCUUAUGGGUAAGCUCGAGGCCGAGGAGCUUGCCUCUUUGGCUGAGCGUCUCACCGCUGCUGGUAAGGACGGUGCUGCCGUCAAGGGUGUGUAUGCCGAAGAGGCCAAGAGACUUGUCGGUGCUGGCAAGCUCAAGGAGGGAGAGGUCAAGAACUUCUAGAUGGAUGCAGUGAUGUCUUAACGCUUUUUUUAUCUUUGUCUAUGACAUGACUUCUCAUUUUUAAAAGUCUCCACACAGUACAUGUGCAUGACCUUGCAGCUACCUGCAUAGGUAUAUAGAUAGAUAGCGCUGUUCUUGACUUACGGAGACAUGAAUCAAUAGAAAGUUUUGAUGGG